AGCGCCAGCUCGGAUCUGGCCGUCGCCUGGGCGGGGUCAGCGAGCCCGCGCCAGGCGACCCCUGGGCCGCUGCCCUCCCCGCCCGUCCUCUCGUCCGCUCUCCUCGUCUCCACCCCCCGGGCCGCGGAAUGGUGGCGCCGCCAUGGUGCCCGACGGAGGGGCGCCCGCAGCGCCCCCGCCGGACGGCUGCCGAGCGGCGUGCCCAGGCGGGCCGCGCGCAGGCUCGGGCCGUUCAGGCUUUGCUGCGCGCCUUCAGCGGCAUGGAGCACCGCGGCUGCCGCCCCACGCGGCUGGGGGCCGCCCUCCGGGACGCGCUUCUCGUGGCGCAGGCUGGCGAUCGGUGCGGAGCACAUGCUGACGAAACCGAGAGCCCCACGGUUGCAGCCGUGGCGGAGGAUGGAGACUUGUUGUUCACAAUGUCGCGCGAGGACACCUCCCAGAGGGCUGAAGCUGAUGCCGAGGCUGGAGGCACUCUGAUCACCAGCUCGUCCGAGGUUGAAGCCCGUGCAGCGGAGCUGCCAGCUGAGAAGUUCGCCGCCGCAGAGGCCGCGAUGGCGGCAGCGCAGGUGGCGGCGCCCACGCCCCUCAGCAGCUCGGCGUCGGAGUUCGUCCCGUUCAGCCCGCCGUUCCAGGAGUCGACGGUCGAGGACGGGGGGAUCGCAGCUGCGGCGCCUUGGGAGAGGAGCGAAACCCGAGCACGGCUGUUUCGGGAUGCUGACCUCCUUCGAGGCGCUGGAGCACAGAGAGGCGCCGUGCCGACUGGCCCACAGAUCAACUGGGCAACCAUAGGCGACAGCGGAGCGUUCCCGAGUGCAUCGUCGGCAUCGCCACCCACAGGUGAGUGCCCGCAGUCGUGAAGGGCAGCCCCGCGGCGUUCGGGCGCGGCUCGAAAUGUUCGUGCAGCGGAGGGCUCUUCACUCCCACAUGCUGUUUGUAUCGUGCCUGUUGGGUAGUGCAAGUAGCCUGUCUCGAGCAAUGGCUUGAGCGGUGGGUUUUAUAUAAGGAUCAUUGCCCGCGCCAUGGCUGAGUCGUUCUGCAGGCGCAGCAGGCUGUGCCGCACUCUGGGCUCUCCAGGCGUGCUGCAGACUGUGCUGCAGUACUGCAGCACAGUCUGCGGCAGGCGUUUGGUAGUAUGUUCUGGCGCGUCCUGCCGUUUUUCUCGCUGACUCGGACCAGGUGACCUUGGAGUAAAAAAGUGUGUGUUCGCACCUCGCGGCGGCGACGACGACUGCGACGACG